AUGAAACGGUCUUGCUUGUUGCUGUGCCUGUGCCUGUGCAUGCUGACCAGCAAUGUGGCUUAUGCAUCCUAUUUGAGAUCUCUUGAACUCAGCCAGUUAAGCAAAACAUCCAGUCUGCAAAAACAGCAGCAACAGCUGCGUGGCGAGCUAAACAACGAUGACUCCAAUUUGGAUGAGGAUACUACCAUUUUGCCGAGCUCUAGUGAAGAUUACGAUAGCCGGCCCCAAUACACAUUUGCCUAUGAUGUGCACGACACGCUGACUGGCGAUGAAAAGCGCCAGGAGGAGAAGCGCGAUGGUGAUUUGGUGAAGGGUCAAUACUCUCUCGUUGAACCGGAUGGCACACGGCGUAUUGUGGACUACACGGCGGAUGAUGCAAGCGGCUUUAAUGCCAUUGUUUCCAAACAGCGUCUGGAUGAACAUCGCAGUGUAUCUCAAUCUCAAUCCCAAUCUGCAUCCAGUUCCUCGUCUCGUUACAAUAGUAUUGAGGAGCUGCAGUCCCGUCUCACAGCCCAAGCCAUGGCCGAGGCCCAAGCCAUAGUCGAUGCACAGCAGCAGUCGCAUUUGCAGCUGGAGGCCCAAGCACGCCGCGAAGCUGAAAACCAGGCGCGUCAACAGGCUCAACAGCUGAUGGAGCAAUUCCAACAGCAGGUGCAGCAAACUGCCCAACUGCGUCAACAGCAGGAGCAACAACGCCAGGAGCAGGAGCAACAACUGCGCGAGCUGCAACUGCUGCAGGAGCAGCGGGAUCGUGACCAGCGUGAUCGUGAACAGCGUGAUCGUGAGCAACGCGAGCGUGAGCAGCGUGAUCGGGAGCAGCAGGACCGUGAGCAACGUGAUCGUGAGCAGCGUGAUCGAGAGCAGCUGCGUCGUGAACAGGAACGUCGCCAGAGUCAAAGCCAAAGUCAGCAACGUCUCCUCGACCAAACGCUGCUGUUGCCCAGCUCCAAUCAGCGUGUCCAGGCCAGCGUUGUCUCACAUCCGCCCACAUUGAUCUCGACAUCGCGUCUGAGUGAUUUGGAUCUGGAAGCAUGGCGUCAACUGCCCAAUGCUCGCCUCAGCAUUGAGCGCACAAAUCAGCCCCUGAUCCUGUCACAACCCUCGAGUGCUUCGGUGCAGGCACAACUGAUUAGUUCACCACUCCUGCUAAACUCUGGUAAUUUGAAUGGCUUGAUCUCGACACGACUCAAUGGUAAUGCGGCCAUUAGUUGGUCCCAGGGUCAGCGGCUGUUGGACAACGAGCUUUGGCAACUCGACCGCCUGGACGAUCAAGGGAGCCGUCGUGCGGACAAUCGCCGUGCCGAGGAGCAGCGUCGCGAGAGCGAGGAACUGCAGUCCAUCAACAAUAAUAACAAUCGUCAUGCUCAAUGGUAA